GGGAAACCACAAACACUACUGCUCCUUUAAUGUCUAGUCUUUGUUAGCAAGGAAAAACAGCUUUUCCUAAUUAGUAAUAGUUGCUAGGCAGGGUGUGGCAUCCUAGAUGAGUCCAUCUGAAUGAAAGAAUAGUGCUAGUCAACGAAAUGGAUAGGCUAUCUCAUCACAUUAUUUUAAUUAACUAUCUUUUUCUUUCAGGUCUCCAAGAUGUUGGAGUAACUUUGUGGUGAGACUGACUUUGGUGGUUGUUUCAUCUGACUAGAACACAGCUUCCCUGCCAAAUAAGAAAUCAAAACAGGAUGUAUUCAGCAAGGUCCUCAGUCAGCUCUUAGUCCAUGCCACCCAUGACCUGGGUUCCAUGCUUCCACCUCUGAAAAGGAGCACCACUUGAAACAUCAAAUUUGCCCAUGAUACUGCCGUCAGCGAUAUACCCCAGUUAUGACUACACUUGAACCUCAAGGUCAAAGUCAUGAAAGUGACGGGGAGAAGGCCGGACCAUCUCAGACCAGCAUGUUCAUCGCUGCUAGUAAACCUGGGCUUUCAGUGGCAGCUUGUGCUCUGUCCAGCCAUCCUAAGAGCAGGAGCAAGAAUGUGAAUAUUAGGCAUGGCAGCCAGGAUGACUUCUCUGACCUUAAAGGGAAGCAUGAAGGAAGUAUAACUCCUGUAUUUGGCCUGGAGGACAGAGAGAAAUCAAAAGAGUCCUGCAGCAAACUUGUUACAAGCAGUAUGAGUCAUUGUGAUGUACCUACCGGGAAGAGGAAUCUCAAAGAAGGGGAUGACCCCCCAGCAGCCACACCAGGAGGCCAGGCUCCUCCAAGCUAUCCUGCUCGGGAGAAGACAACAAAACUGCAGUUUACAGAGAGUCAGAGGGACACGUUUGCAACAAGUAAAAGAGUACUGGAAUUCUUAGAAACCAGCCAUCGGGAAGACUCUAAGACCAUACAGAGAAUGGAAACACAACUGAGGGACAUGGGGGUAGCCUCAGUUAUCAUCCAUAAACAGCUGGAAGCAAUAGCUAAUCUCCUCAGCCAGCCUCCUAGGCCUGUCCCUGCACAGCCAGAUAGCUUCUUCUCUGCCACACCCUGUGUAGAAAAGAUAGAUGCUUCUACGUACACUGGUGACAACUGCAUGUGAUCCAGAGGGUUAGUUGCUCUUUCGAGUCAAAAGAGAUGGCUUCUGCCUGGCGUAGCUCUCAUUUGCAGAGAGUGACAAUGGACCAAGCCUCGUUAUCAGUCACCAUGGCUAGGGAGGGAAGAAGAGAGCAUGUGGGGCUUAAUCUACAUAUGGAAUCUUGUAUCUCUUACAAUACUCUACAUGUUUUAUUGGUCAAGAUAUUAAAGAAUCAUCAUCCUAUGGGGUAGUACUAAAUAAUGCAUGAUGGAAAGCAGCCAUGUGAGACAUUGUUUGACUAGGAUUUUUGAAUCUCCACUUGUUGUUGUCUCUCUCUCAUUUGAUACAAAGUGUGUUUUCUGGAGAUUUUUGAAAAUCUAUCCUAACAAUUAAACUUUGCUAUGUAUAUGA